AGUAAGAGUGUGUGUAUGUAGAAGAUAAAAGACAAAACCUUUGCAUAAAGAAAACCCAAAGCCUUCACAAUAAUAGAGUGAGUGAUCCAGCCAGCCAGCCCCCCAUCCUCUCUUGUGCACUUUCAGAUCAACAAACCACCAACAAUAAUAUAAUCCCAAUACAAUACCUGUUGUUGAUGAGAGAGAAAACCCAAACCCAAACCCAAACCCAUAUCAUAUUAUUAUUUUAUUAUAAUUAUAAUAUAAUUUAAUCUCCCUGAUCUACCCCCAAAGAUUCCAUCUUUUUUAUACCCCAUUUCCCAUACUCCCACAGUUAUCAAUCUGGAUCACAUGAACAACAACCAAAUGUGUGAAUCCGACGGCAAAUCAAGAACCGGUUCCGGCACCGGAGAGUAUUUCAUCACAUACCCAGAUCAAGUUCUCGAAAACGUACUCGAAAACGUUUUACUUUUCUUGAAAUCACGAUACGACCGUAACGCGGUUUCACUGGUCUGCAAAUCAUGGUACCGUGCGGAAGCCUACACCAGAUCGGACCUCUUCAUCGGAAACUGCUACUCGGUAGCUCCUCGUCGGGUCACCCAACGCUUCACCCGGGUCCGGUCGGUUACCAUAAAGGGUAAGCCCCGGUUUGCUGAUUUUAGCUUGCUGCCUCAAGAUUGGGGUGCGCAUUUCACCCCUUGGGUUCUUACCAUGGCCUCUGCUUAUCGUGCGCUUGAAAAGAUCCACCUUAAACGGAUGUCUGUUACUGAUGAUGAUCUUGCUGUGGUGGCCCACUCGUUUCCCAAUUUUAAAGAGCUUGUUUUGGUCUGUUGUGAUGGGUUUGGUACCUCUGGACUUGCUGUUGUUGUUAGUGAGUGCAGGUGUUUGAGAGUUCUUGAAUUGAUUGAAGAUGAGGUUACUGAUGAUGAAGUUGACUGGAUUUCGUGUUUUCCGGGUGACGGUGUGACAAAUUUGGAAUCUUUAGCUUUUGAUUGUGUUGAAUCUGCUAUAAAUCUUGAGUCUUUAGAGAAGCUAGUGGCUAGAUCACCUAUGUUAAAGAAACUUAGAUUGAAUCGGCAUGUUAGUAUAUCGCAGCUUUAUCGGUUGCUUAUCAGGGCGCCGCGGUUGACUCAUUUAGGAACUGGAUCUUUUAGUCCUUCCGAGGAACAACCGCAAAAUGACAACAGUCGAGAAUCGGAUUAUCUUUCUGCAUUUGCUGCUUGCAGAUCGAUUGUUUGUCUUUCGGGGUUUAGAGAAAUCGCACCUGAGUAUCUUCCUGCGAUUGUUCCGAUUUGCGCUAAUCUUACGUCGUUAAAUCUUAGCUAUGCCAACAUUGAUGCUGAGCAGUUGAAACCUGUUAUCCGUCUCUGCCAUAAGCUUCAGGUUUUCUGGGUUCUUGAUUCAAUCUGCGAUGAAGGGCUUCAAGCAGUGGCAGAAACAUGCAAAGAUCUCCGUGAGCUUCGGGUUUUCCCGAUUGACGCAUCAGAAAAUGCUGAGGGGCCCGUUUCAGAAGUUGGUCUACUCGCGAUUGCAUUAGGCUGUAGAAAACUACAGUCAAUUCUUUACUUUUGUCAACAGAUGACUAAUGCUGCGGUUGUAGCCAUGUCUAAAAACUGCCCGGAUCUCGUAGUCUUCCGGCUCUGUAUAAUCGGUCGGUACAGACCCGACCGUGUAACCGGUGAACCAAUGGACGAAGGUUUCGGAGCAAUUGUCAAGAACUGUAAGAAGCUGACCCGGCUCGCGGUUUCUGGUUUGCUAACCGAUAAGGCAUUUUGUUACAUAGGGCAAUACGGUAAAUUGGUGAGAACUCUAUCAGUGGCGUUUGCGGGAGAUAGUGAUAUGGGGCUGAAAUACGUGUUGGAAGGGUGCGCCAAUUUGCAAAAACUCGAAAUUAGAGAUAGCCCGUUUGGUGAUUCGGCUUUGUUGUCAGGUUUGCACCAUUUCUAUAACAUGAGAUUCGUUUGGAUGUCAUCGUGUCGAGUGACCCGAGAAGGGUGUUUGAAUGUGGCCCGUCAUUUGCCAAGAUUAGUGGUGGAAGUGUUUCGAAGAGAUGAGGAGGAAGGUGGGGAGAGGGGUGAUUUUGUCGAUACAUUAUAUAUGUAUCGAUCUUUAGAUGGCCCACGGGCCGAUGCUCCACGGUUUGUCAGGAUCUUAUGAUGGCCCAACCCAAUCGGAAAGUCUUUUUCUUUGUGGUAAAGAUUCAGUUUUUCUUUCUCACCUCGGGUUUAUGUCGAAAAUGGAAGGCCCUACAUGGUUUAUGUUUUUUUUUUCUCUUUCACUUUUUUCGCUUAAUAUUCAUUAAGUUUCGGAUCAAGAUGCGGGAAUUAGGGUAAUUUUCUUAUCGAAUCAGAGAUUGAUCCUGAAAACAGCCAGCAGACUACAUUUGAAACUUGCUUUAUGUUUGGAUCAAUCUUCUAUCCGGGGCUAUAACGGUCAAUCCGCAUUUGUGCUAAAGAAUUUUGUACCUUGUGCAUCUAAUGUUGUACAUUGAGAUGAGGAUUUGAUAAUCUUGUAGCUCUAGACAGAUGAGGGGGUAGGUUAUUGUUAUAGUGUAUUCUUUUAUGUUUUCUGUAUGUUUUGACAACUCCUGUAAUAGUUAAAAAUUAGAAACUAUGCUAUAGGGACUUGUACCUUGUCCAUUGAGAGUUGUACAUUUGAUUUAAGUUUUGAUAAUUUGUAGCUUGAGGAAUUAAUUA